AUGCCUGUUGUCAUGCUGGGCAUCUGUUCGGCCUUCCAGGAGAACCUCUCCUGCACCGCAGCCGAGCUUGUUUACGGGAAGAUACUGCGUCUUCCUGGUCGCCGCCCCUCCAAAGUCUUCCUGCACCCCGACCUCAACAAGAGCACUCACGUGUUCCUGCGUCAUGAUGCUAUGCGGAAACCGCUCUCGCCACACUACAAUGGUCCCUACCGUGUUCUCUCCCGCAACCGCAAGACUUUCGCCAUCGACAUCGCGGGCCAGCGCAUUGUCGUCUCGGUAGACCGCGUCAAGCCGGCCUAUCUCUUGAAGCCGGCGUCCCCGUUCCCCCACUCGCCCUUGUCGAGGAUUCUUCCGAAGCCUCGUCGCAAAGUUACUUGGGCAACUCCGCUUCGUGUCCACAACUCCAGGUCGCCUCCUCUCUGA